AUGUUGCUUGUCCAUCAAGCCGGCAGCGUCAAGGUGGGCGAAGUGGUGCGAUUCACUUUGACCUACACGCCUAGCAACGAUCGCAUCCUGCCCAGCCCUUCGCAUCUGCACCUGAAGAUCAAAAACACUUCGGCCAUCCCUCUGCGUGCCGCUUACCUCCACGGACCCUACACCCUUCACGUUGCCUCAUAUCCUGCCUCGUUCAAUCCGAAUCACAAAGUUGAGGAUCCGCANAAAGAGGGAGUGCCGGACUUCGAACCGCUACUCAAAGCAGGCUCGAGCUGGUCCACCAAGCUGACUGUUCCCGAGAACAUCCGAGAGACGGGCAACACUUUCGCCUCUGGUCACCAGCCCCGUGCUUCGCAAGAUGCCCAUCGAGACGACAAGCAAGGUCCGCCAAGUGUCACAUGGAUCAUUGAGAUCGCCUCGCAGAUCUUGUUUUCCAACACGGCCGCUGUCCACUUCGAGCUCUUGGUCGGUCGGGAUGAAAGAAGCUUAGACCUCGGAUUUGCAGCCGUCGCUAGCCACGGCCAUGGCGCUCCCGGCCAGAUACACGAUCACCAGAAGGAUAAACGUAGAGAUAAUGUCGGUCAACANAAGGGCCUCUAUUCGCGUGCUGUCAAACUCGUCGUCGAGGACACUCAAGCCCUCUGGGACAAGCCCGCUCUGCCAUCCAGUGACGCUCAUAAACACACUCGUUCGUCAAAAGAGUCGGUUCGAAAAUCUAAGGAGACGAAUACCAGUACCGAAGAAAGCAAAGAGAAUGCUCCUAANGAAAAGAAGAAGAUUCACUUAGUUGUUCUCACCCAUGGUCUCCACAGCAAUAUCGGCGCCGACAUGCUUUACAUGAAAGAAAGUAUAGAUGCCACUGUCAGACAAGCAAGAAUAGAUGCAAGGAAACGAAAGGCUGCCUACAAGAAGUCGCAGAACAAGCCUGCCUCCUCACCAGACCAGCCAGAUUCGGCAACUGACGACAAGCCUAACGAAAAAGCUACUACCGCACCUCUCUCAGGAGGCCAAGAAGAUCUCGAUGAUGACGGCGAAGACGAUGAAGAACAAGUCAUUGUGCGUGGUUUCAGCGGUAACGCUGUCAAGACCGAGAAAGGCAUACAAUAUCUUGGAAAGCGUCUGGCUAAAUUUGUGCUGAAUUUUACUUACCCGGAUCAACCAUUUCAGCCAGUCAAGAAAUCCAUGACAAGAUCCUUCACCGAUCAAUUUAAAUCUCAGGCCACUAAGAAUGCGAGAGAUGGCGAACCUGCGCACCAAGGGAGCAGCAUUCACCACGACGACAGCAAUACUGAAGAGCUCGCUUACACCUUUACUAGCAUCAGCUUCAUCGGACACAGUCUUGGUGGUUUGAUUCAAACGUAUGCGGUCGCUUACAUUCAAAAGCACGCACCGCACUUCUUCGAACAGAUCCAGCCUGUCAAUUUCGUUUGUAUGGCUUCUCCUAUGCUUGGACUGAGUAAUGAGAAUCCCAUGUAUGUAAAAUUCGCCUUGGAUUUUGGCCUUGUUGGACGUACUGGACAGGAUCUUGGUCUAACGUGGCGCGCUCCCAAUAUUGCAAAGUCUGGCUGGAACGCCAUGAUGGGAGGGUUUGGAGCUGGUUCAAAAGAAGAGCAUCAGGAAGACCCAGGAGCAAAGCCUCUGUUGCGCAUUCUGCCUACUGGCCCUGCUCAUACAGUCUUACGCAUGUUCCGUAACAGAACUGUGUAUUCAAACGUCGUCAAUGAUGGUAUCGUACCACUGCGGACUAGUUGUCUGCUGUUCCUCGAUUGGGGUGGCCUUGGUAAGGUUGACAAGGCACGUCGCGAGAACGGUCUGAUAGGCACAUUGGCCGAAUUUGGAUGGGCUGAGCUCACGGGCGCCAAUGCAUUACCUAAGGCGCUCAGAAACAAUGGUAUAGCAAGCGUCGCUGGGACUGAAGACGAAGGAUCUGGUGCCGAUACACCGACAGGCAAACAGGGCGAUCAUGUUCCUCAGCCGUCUACAGAAGCAACGACAGACGACAAUCGUGACUCUACAACUUCUGCUACAGAACCUGCCUCGGGUCAAUUCUUGAGUCCUCACGAUCGCGGGAGCGCAGGAUCUUCGACGAAUGCAUCAAAUCAGGGCGGUGGACUUCUGAAUGGGUUCUUUAACUUCUUCCGUCCUGCACCCUCGCCCGAGCGUCAAUCUUCAAAAACCAUCAAGGCAGUGCGUCGGGGCCAAACCGUCGAUGUGAAAGCUAGCGAUGAAGGCGAAGAUGCAAAGCUGGAUGAAGGGGUCCAUCAACGAGUUCGCCGAAACAGUCGAGGUACGACAGACAAUCCGACGAUGAGGCCAAGCAAACGUCCAGUUGCAACACGCGGCGGGUCUAUGAACUCCAACCCAGAUGCACAAGCACCCCCGAGCACAUCCAUCUUUGAGGCGGCCAGCGAUAUCCUUCACCCACCCAUUCCAUCCACAACUUGGCUCAUUGACCCAGCGUCUCGCGACCGUACCAUCUUCCACGACAGGAUCUAUCAUCCCGAAGAUAUUCCGCCACCUCCAGUGAAGCGUCCCAGUAGACUUGCACGCUCAUUCUCCUCGGAUUCUGCAUCGUUGAGAACAACUCAGUCUCGUGAAGAUGCGGCUUCGGUCGAUCUGGGUAACAUGAAGGUUGAGGAGAAGAUUGCGCGAGCGUAUCACAAAGAUUUAUCCUGGCGAAAGGUCUUGGUGCGUCUCGAGCCUGAUGCUCACAACAACAUGAUUGUGCGAAGAAUGUUUGCAAAUGCCUAUGGCUGGCCUGUAGUCAAACAUCUUUGUGACACGCAUUUCGGAGACACUUUUACUGCGACUACAAGAGACGAAGACGAACCAGCUGUGGAUCGUGCGAAGAACUAUUCACAAGCUGAUCACGAAGCCGGAGAAGAGGUCCAAGGGCAAAAUGAGCAAAAGCCUCUUCGAAGACGUGCGUCUGAUAUGCGCGAAGAUAGAGAUGAACUGAAGCCCCUCAAAGACAGUACCAGCGGUGCCAUCAAGCAUAAACUCAACCCUCAAGGGUCCGCUGUAUGGGAUGACAUCUAUUUUGAAGGCAGCGACGAUGACGACGACGAGGAAGAGGGUUACGCAGCCAAAGUACAGAGAUUCUUACACUUCAAUCAAGGCGAAGGUGAUGGUGCGACUUGGAUAGGUGGCGGAGGUGCUCCAAAGAAACAGAGUACCGACGAUACCAUCCGUCCUACCAAGAAACGCCAAUCAACUGAGGUGCAUCGUGGUCUGGGACCCACCAGAAGCCAUGAGCCGUACUCUCCUCGCCUUUCUACAUCUUCAAACAAUGGGCCAGUAUUGUCACCGAGCUCAGCCAGCGGAGAGUUCACAGGCAAGGUGUUGACGGAAGAACCGCCUAGCAUGGGUGCUGGAGAGAGUAUACUGAGUAAUGCAAAGCGCAACAGUACGACCGGAGUUGGCUUGCAGAAGCCUAUUAAAGAGGUUGUAGCCAAGCCUGAUACGAAUCCUGACGGUGAGGCAGGUGUUGGUGAGGAAGUCGCUCGCAAGGCAAAUAGAGCACCAUAG